AUGCUGUUAAACCCCUCAAAAUGGCGGAAUAUAACGGCUUUUUGGCUUUUUGGAAUGUGCAACAAUUAUGCCUAUAUUUUAAUGCUGUCCGCCGCUGAGGAUAUCAUCGAGAAAAAUCAUAAAGAUGACGAUAUGGGUAAUGGAACGAAUUUGACGUGUCCGCUGGAACGCGGCACAAAGCAUUGCUCGAAUCGUCAAUCCACUGGCUUCAUCCUCCUCGCGGAUGUGUUGCCAAGUUUUAUAAUUAUGGCUAUUGCACCAUUUUUCGCGCAUAAAAUUAGUUUUGGCCUCCGUCAUUUCCUCGUCGUGCUAUCCCAAUCGGCCGGUCUAUUGAUUGUCGCUUAUUCCGAGAGCUAUUGGAUCGCCAUUUUAGGCGUCGUCCUGGCCUCAUUGAGUUGCGGUCUCGGAGAGUCGACCCUCGUCUCCUAUUCCUGUCAUUUCCCCCAUUCUACCGUAGUCGCCUGGGCAUCCGGGACUGGUGGUGCAGGGGUUAUUGGCUCCUUUAUCUACGCAGCGCUGACGGAACCACAGCUGUUCGGACUAUCUCCAAAGGAUGCGCUGCUGGUUAUGCAGGUAGGUUUGUUAAAAUACAUAAUUCCGCUUGUUCUGGUCUAUUUUGCCGAGUACACGAUUAAUCAGGGGCUGACCCAAUUGAUCGUGUUCGAUUGCGGGCACGCCUUUGGACUGACGAAACACAGUCAAUAUCGGUGGUAUCAGGUGCUCUACCGUGCCGGCGUGUUCAUCUCCCGCUCCUCAAUGGCCAUCGUCAAGUUGCCAGUUUACGUGUUGUACGUACUUCCAGUGCUUCAGCUGGGCAAUACAGUGUUCUUCUACUUCGAAGCGAUCCACGCCUAUUUGCCCCAUAUUGCCAUCGCAUUCACGAUUAUCUUCUUCGAGGGGUUGUUUGGUGGAUCGGCAUAUGUGAAGACGUUGAAUCAUAUUCAUAAAACGGCCGACCCAAGUGUUCGAGAAUUCUCACUGGGUGUCGGCACUUGUUCCGACACGAUCGGAAUCCUAUUCGCCUCCUUCUCGGCAAUAUUUUUGCACAACCAUAUCUGUGAUCUACUCGGG